UCGAACUUCCUCGUUUAGGACUGACCGAAGAUUAUUAAUAUAACAAUCAAUGAUGUCAUCCGUUACGCUCAUAUCGUACACCUUCACCAGAAAGUAUGGACUUUGAAAAUAUGAGUUCAUUUGAAGGAUAUUAGCUAAUAAAAAAUAACUACGUCAUGCUAAUGCAAUUGUCAACUAAUUUUGAGAUUAGGUCUACUGCGGUGUGCCAAGUGCAAUUUGUCUGAGGAGUAGGAUAAUUCCAAAGGAAGGAGAAAAGAACCAUCUGUCGACUAAAUUUCUUUAGACGGUGUGUGCUAACAAAAACAAAUUUAAGUAGAUUGCCAAUGCAAAUCAAAAUCAGCAUUGUGAGUAAGGGUGUGAUAUUCACUAAGAACACUAGCAAAUCCUUAUUGUUGAUACCUAAAAAUUGGCACCAUGGCCAUGGGUGUGAUGAUACGGCACGUGCUACACCAACCACUGUUAAUGAGGAGGACAUUGAUGAGUUUUCAACGAUAUUUGUUAGAAACAAAAAACAUCAAUAUGGGUGGACCAGAAGCUAUAGAUGGCACGAUAGCUGAUAUGAAGAAGACUCUUGAAAAAAUUAUGGGUAUCAAGAAGGGUUACUCACCAUUGCAACCGUCACGUGAACAUUUAUUAAAACUGUUACCAUCUUCGCAAGAUGAAUUGCCACCACGUUCUAUGCAGGACAGUUUUUCAUCCGUCAUACUACCACUUAGCUCGGAUUUAGAUUUACAAGAAAAAUACGUCACCUUCUUGGGAAAUGUUAGAUUAGGAAGACUCAUGGAAGAUAUGGACAAAUUUGCAGCUUGGGUUGCCUGCAAACACUUGCUAAAUCCGAAGAUGAAAGAGGGGGAUAUUCUUCCUUAUACACUGGUCACCGCUCUUGUGGACAAAAUUGACUUUACGGAUUAUGUACCCAAGGUAUUUACAGACAAGGCAGCUGGCGAUAUUCGACUUUCUGGUCAUGUGUCGUGGGUGGGAAAUUCGACCAUGGAAAUUGUUGUAUGGUUGGAACAAAAGGAUCAGAAUAACUGGCAAAAAUUAACACGUGCAUUAUUCUUAUUUGCUGCAAGAGAUUCGCUAAACACACGUGCAGCGUUUGUCAACAAACUGGUCCCUGCAUCGGAGCACGAAACGAAGAUACUGCAAGGAGGCGAAGCGAGAAAGAAACGAAGGCAAUCUGUGCAAAAACAAUCGCUGCUUAAAAUGGUUCCCACGGUUGAGGAACAGCAAAUAAUUCAUGACGUCUUCGUCAAAACGAUAGACGCCCAACACUAUUUGAAUAGCCGACGUACCAUACCGCAAGAUGCCGUCUGGAUGGAAACUUCUGAAAUAAGCAAUCUCAUUUUUAGUCACCCAGAAGAUAGAAAUUAUCAUAAUAAGGUGUUUGGAGGGUUUCUGAUGCGACAUGCAUUGGAGUUGAGUUGGUCAUCUGCAUUUCUUUUUGGCAAGCAGAGACCGCGAUUGGUGCACAUCAGUGAUAUUCUGUUUCAUCGCCCUGUCGAUGUGAGCUCUAUCAUAAAAAUGUUUUCAAACGUGGUCUACACGGAGCAUAAUAUGAUGCAGAUAGCUGUUCACGCUGAGGUUUACUCCCCAGAGAAAGACGAAGUUGUAACUACCAACGAGUUCCAUUAUACAUACCAGAUAAACGAUAAAUGCAAACUUGUGAUGCCAAGAACUUAUCACGAGGCGAUGCAAUACUUGAAUGGACGUAGAAACUUUCAACGUGUUAUGGGGCUGACACAGGAAUAAUAAUAGCCCCGGUAUUUGUAUGACUGGUAUAUAAAUGUAUAAGAAGAGUAAUGUUGAUUUGUUACAUACUUGCAUCGACCGAUCUGAAGAAACUGUUAAUGAUUUACUGACGCUCGAAAACUAGAAAAAAUUUUCGUUCAGUACAAAUCAGGAAUAUUGUAAGGCGUUAUUAUUUGGACCCGUAUAUAUUAAUCUUUGUACUUAUUUAUUAUUAGCAAUGCAUUAUAUGUAUAUUUAUUUAAUGACAUGAACUGUUUUACAUUAAUAUAACAUACUUAUAAAAUGAAACAAUAAUAUUAAUGUCGCUAUCCUGUUUAAACCAAAUCUAUAACUUAUGCAUUACCUUUUUAAUAGGCGGUUCUUACCGGAGCAAUUUAUAGUUUUUGUUUUUAUUUUUCUUCUAUCUUUCAUCAAUGAAUAUUCAGCAAUAUAAAUAUGUUGGAUGGUCGGUAUCUUCGGGUGAAAAGUUGAGUCAGGUGCCCAGGAAUGGAAACUCACAUCCCAUUGGCAAUCGAACGCGUAAUGCCAACGGUGGUGGAGUUACCAGAUCUUGACACAUGUGCCAAUGGCUGUAAUAAUUAGUUUGUACACACAUGCAUCGUUGUAAAAUUCCAACUGAUAUUACCUCACAUCACUUACAAGCUACGAAGCUUAUUAUUAUUGGCAUUGAUCUUUAUGGGGGAAGUGCGACAUUUUAGCGCCGCGAUAAGCACAAUAAUAAUACCAUAUAAUCGGAUAUUAAAACACAGCGUGAUAUCUGGUAGGGAUCAGUUAGCUUGUGGCGAGCGAACCGGUGAUCUCUUGAUAAACCGGCAAUAGUACAUCAAAAUUAACGACAAUGAGCAGAGCAGUCAAAGCGAUGAUAGUUGUCUUCUUGAUCGCUAUCAGCGUCGCUAAUUUUGUAAAUGGAAUAGUUUGCCCGGCUGGUGUUUGUGCGACUGUACGUUGCGAGAGUAAAACACAAUCUUCGUGUUCGGAAGGCCAGACGCUCGCGCCAUUCGCAGGCUAUUGCGGAUGCUGUCCUGCUUGCAUAAGAAAUAUCCCCAAAGGUCAGGAUUGUGGAGCGCAUCAUCUUCUACUUGGUGUACCGCAAACGGCAUCAUGCGAACCGGGCACUCUCUGCCAGAAAGUCGAUGAUAAAUUCAUCUGCGCCGAAGAGCAGCAAAAAUAAUGCCGAGUCUGAUCACAAAAACCAUGUAUAGUUACUUGAUGUUUACGCCUGAAAAAUAAUUAAUGAUGUAAUAAAAAUAUUCAAUAACAGUAA